UGAGUGAAUGGAGUGCCCAUGAGCUUCAGCACAGAGCCAACUGCACCUGCACCUGCACCUGCACCGGCACCGGCACAGGCCGGAGGAGAGCUGGACAUGGCUGGGUUCUGUGAUGGUCUGGGUUCCUGUUCGGUCCCUCAUGGCCUGACCCGGGCCAUCGCGCAUCCCCCGAGCUAUGGCCGCGCGGAUCUGGGCUCUGGCCGGCGCCUGUGGGUGAACUCGACCGCGCUCAGCCCGGCGCCCUACACACCUGGACCAGGACCGGCUCCAACCUAUGCUGCAGCGGCCCUUGCGGUCUCAGGUUCGCUCCUCAGCCCUUCAGGCGGUCUGGCGGGCGCCGAUCUCGCAUGGCUGAGUCUAUCCGGACAGCAGGAGCUGUUGAGGCUGGUAAGGCCACCCUACUCCUACUCAGCGCUCAUCGCCAUGGCCAUUCAAAGCGCGCCGCUGCGCAGGUUGACGCUCAGCCAGAUCUACCAGUAUGUGGCAGGCAACUUCCCCUUCUACAAGCGCAGCAAGGCGGGCUGGCAGAAUUCCAUUCGCCACAACCUGUCACUCAAUGAUUGCUUCAAGAAGGUGCCCAGAGAUGAGAACGACCCAGGAAAAGGCAAUUAUUGGACGCUGGACCCAAACUGUGAGAAGAUGUUCGACAAUGGGAACUUCAGAAGGAAGAGGAGAAGGAGAGGGGAGACUAGCGAGGCCGCUGUGCCUGGAGCCAGCAGGCCAGAGAGAGCUGCACUGGAGCCCAGUGGCUUGGUUUCCCAGGACCUGCAGACCUCACCAUCCCCGACUGCACCUGAAGCUGCCGCUUGCCUCUCCAGCUUCUCCACGGCCCUGGGAGCCCUGGCUGGCGGCUUUAGCACCCUCCCUGAUGGUCUGCCCCAAGACUUUUCUUUGCGGAGGCCACCAACUGAAUCUUCCCGCAGGCCUCAGAUUCCUAACACCUCCCCUGGCUUUGGUCCAGGCCAUCAGACAGGGGCUACUGGCUUUAGGGUGGGGCACCUCAUUUACAGCCGGGAUGGGACUGAAGUUUGAAGGAAGGCUAGAGACUAGCCAGGUGCUCUGUUCCAACAUUGAGCUCAGGUCCUGAAUCAAUCCCUCCUGGGAGCCCCACGGCUGCUGCAUAGGAAAUGGUGGAGCUCCUGUGUGGACUGACUGAAGCAGGUGCAGCUAGCUGUGUACCCAUCAAGCAGGGGGAAUUUACCCUCUUCUUAGGCUGUUUCUAGGACUCUCCAACAGAGUGCCCCCAGAGAGCCUUCUUAAAGGGGCGAUAGGUUCCUAAAGAAGUCUGGAGGUCUCCAGUCUCCAGAGAGAUGUCUUGCAGCCGGUGAGAGGAUGGGAGGAAGUUGAGCUGCAAGAGCAACUUCCGUCUCGGGCCCGCCUGUUUCAGGGCAGCUAGGGAAUGAGAUAGGGGUGCAGCAACCCUGAGAUGAGGACAGCUGGCUGCUUUCCACCCUCAUGAGAUUGCAUAUUGAGGGGAGUCCGCCACUCUUGUGCUUAGGCUGCCUAGAAAGAGGAACUUUCCAAAUUUGGGAGGUUGGGAAGAGCUGUUUCAGCACAGAGAGGUACCUGGGGACACUAGCUCCCCGACCCUGUCACUAUGGCCAUUACCGGUGCCCCUCUUACAGAACCUCACUGUCCCCAGACCACAGAGGGGCUGGCACCUAGGAAUCCCUGGACAGCUUUGGGUUUGCCUUACCUGACCGCUACUCCCACCCCCACCCCCACCCCCACCCCCUGCCUCUCUCACCCUCUCAGCUCACAGUUCACUAAGGCUCACCUGAGGCAGGUGGGUGACCACACCUGUUUUGGGUUUCUCUCUAUUCCUGCCUCCUCCCUUGCGGUGGCUGCCCCAGGCAAGCAGAAUCCUGAGAACUUCCUUUUGAAUUUAACUCUCCAGCCUUUCCAGGUCUGUUUAUUUUUUAUUUUUUAUUUUUGCCAACUUCUUUUAUUUCUUAUUGGAUUUUUUUAAAUUUACAUUUCGAAUGUUAUCCCUUUUUCCAGUUUCCCAUCCAUAAACUCCCUAUUCCAUCCCCCAUCCCCCAGCUUCUAUGAGGGUGUUCCCCCACCCAUCCACCUCUUUCCACCUGCCUGCCCUGACAUUCCCCUACACUGGGGCAUCAAACUCCCACUGAUGCCCAACAAGGCCAUCCUCUGCUGUAUAUACUGCUGGAGCCAUGGGUCAGUCUUUGGAUGGUGGUUUAGUCCCUGGGAGUUCUGGUGGUUGGUAUUGUUGUUCUUAUGGGGUUGCAAACCCCUCCAGCUCCUUCAAUCCUUUCUCUAAUGCCUCCAUUGGUGACCCCAUUCUCAGUUCAGUGGUUGGCUGUGAGCAUCUGCCUCUGCAUUUGUCAUGCUCUGGCAGAGAGUGACUGGCAGGGAACCAAAGUCACUUGAAUCUCUGUGCUUUCUGGAGCUCCUUAAGGUCCCAGCUAGCUGUUAUGAAUCUUUGUGUCAUCUGGAAUUCCCUGAGGACCUGGCCACUGGAGACAGGGGUUCAUACACACACCACUCUAGGACAGAUAGCAGGAGUACAUUCCCUGGAAGAGAGAAGAGAACUAACCAACCCUUAAGCCAGAUCAGUGUUGCCCUUUAGUGAGACCAGCCAACUUGCACCAACAUGGCAGGUUUGCCUUGGCUUAUCCCAAAUCUGCCUGCUGGGAGAGCCGUGGUCCUCUGAACCUGCAGUGUCCUGAAUGGAGAGAGCAUGGGGAGCUCUGGCUCCUGGUUUCUGGAUGCUCUUCCUACCUGGUGUGCUGUGGUACCUCAGUGGCUGCCAUGAGGAGGUGACCUGUGUACUAGGUGGUGGCCAUAGUGUUGCUUAACCAAGCUUACAGCCAACCCAUACGCUCUCUCCAAAUGUAAUUCGAUUUUUAAAAUUCAGGAAAAUAUAAAUUAUUUAAAAUAUAAAUAAAAGGUUUGAGACCGAUUUUAAUAGAAUAACACACUAAAAAGGGGCAGCCCACUUUACACUCUAUCUUUGUAAGAAAAUUGAAAAGAAAAAAUAACUAGAUACCACAAGAAGAAAUACAGUGCAACUUGAGUCAGGGCUUCCACAAAAGUGGAUGCCAUACGGGUGUCAUGGCUGUGUGACAGCUGCAUCAUGGGAGCUUGUGUUUAUGUUUCAUUUCUGACACUGAAUGUUCUAUUAAAAUCGAGAAAGGAAAAA